UUCUUCUCACAUUUUUGCGUUUUGAUUCUCUCUCUCUCUCUCUCUUCUCUCUCUCUCUCUCUCUUAAAAAAAUUGCCAGAUUCCGGCCACAAAUUUUCUCGUUUCUCUCUGUCUCCUAUCAUAUCGUCUUCACUCUAGCGUGCCCCAUCCGUUCCGUGUCAAUUUACCAAUUUACCCCUAUAUUUUUCCAAUUUACUUUUUUCACCCGAAGAUAUAAGAUAAUUACCGUUUCGUGUAAUUUUAUCUUUUAAAAGAAAAGAGGAAGUAUAGUAGUGACGUGGCAUGCGGAUAGAGAGCCAUGAAUACCAAAACGAUGCGUCUCCCCCCUCGUCGCGUGUUGACACCUACUGGCACUUCCAAUAAGCGCAAAGAGAGAGAUGAAACAUUCGACAGGCCCAAGCCCAUACCCGCCCCACCCCUCAAUAAAUUACCCAAGCCCGAUAGGCCCAUCUCUUUGCCCCUCACCGAGGCGAAGCCGUCGUCCAAUCAACUGCUGGCGGGCUACUUGGCCCACGAGUUUCUCACGAAAGGGACUCUACUGGGCCAGCCGUGGGCCCCACCCAAAGGAAAGUCGUUGUCCACAUCGACGGAGGACGGCGGCGAGGAGGGAGAACCGACCGCGACCACCACCACGGCAGCGGCGGCGAAACCGUGCCGGAAAACAACGGCGGAGGAGCGGGAAAGGUACGCGGAAGUGGCGGGUUUGUUGAAGGGUGGUGGGACCCACUUCCCUGGCGUUGUGAACCCCACCCAACUCGCCCGUUUUUUGUGAUGAAUGAUAUGAUCUAACACAAAAACAAAACCCCACUGGGAGACACGUGGAACGAUCCUAUUCGCACUCCCUCGUUCUGUCUCGGGGAGAGUAAUUUCUCUCCUCCGACACUCUCUCUUUUUUUUUUUUUGGGUUAAAUUCGAAAGAGGGAAAAUUUUCUGAUGCAUGCAACUUGUAUGUAUGUCAUCCCUCUUGAUGUAUGCAUUCUCAUGCGAAAUACAUGCUUUUUUCCUUUCAACAAUUUUUAAUCCUUUCAUUUUGAUUUUGCUUUGCUUUAAUAGUACUCUCUAUUUUUUGCUGAACAAAUCUAGAUGUUUCUCUAAUUAUAUAUUUAUAUCUUACUGGCUUUUGUUUA